CCGUCAGUAGGUGUUCCAUUCGUCUUCCCCCUCGGGCACGCGGCGAUGUUUCCCAUUAUUUCCAGCCUCCGCCGACACAACGCUACCGCAGACCCAUCCCCAAUUCCCCAUUUCCCAUCCAGGAGAGAAAACCGAGCGAUCUCGCUCUGACCUCCGAGAGGCACCAUUGAGGAGAUGGCGGAAGUGAGCGCGGCAAUGGGGUCAAAUCGUUCCGUCCGCAAGAAGCUUGCGGCGUUGCUGUCCGACGAGCGCAAGGAUUUCAUACGGGUGCGUAGCAAGGUAAAGCCUCUGAUUGAUGCUCUUGAAUCUGUCCAUGCCUGCUUUGAGAAAUUGUCGCUCGAAGAUGAGAAGAAUCUUGAUGCGUUACAAGAAGCCUGGAUGAUGGAUUUACGGGAGCUGUCCUAUGACAUGGAGGAUAGUCUUGACAGGUUUCUUGUCAAAUCUGCUGCUGAACCGGGUAGCUGUAAGAAGCUCUUCAAGAUCUUGUUAACGAAGAUCAAGGGUAGCACCAAUGGGAUUGUUAAGGUGAUCCAAGAUAUCAAGAUGCCAGUCGAGGAGCUCAACGAAAGGAUGAACAGAUUCAAGCUCAGUGAUGACCGUCAUGUAACAUACGACCCGAUCAAGAUCGACUCAAGGGUAACAGCUUUAUAUGUGGACGCUUCACAUCUUGUAGGUCUGGAUGGGCCAAAACUAGAACUAAUUAAGAUGUUGCGCAUUGAAGAUGAACCUGAACCAUCAAAGAAGCUGGUGGUGGUCUCUAUUGUUGGUCUUGGAGGAUUGGGCAAGACAACUCUAGCAAACCAAGUCUAUCAUCAUCUCAAGCCGGAGUUCGACUGCUCUGCUUUCGUAUCAGUGGGACAAAAUCCUGAUGUUCUAAAGAUCUUGGAUAAUAUCCUUAGUGGACUCACCCAUCAACCUUAUGCCACCACCGGGUCAACAGUGCAAGUACUCGUUGAGAAAACCAGAAGAUUCAUCGCGGACAAAAGGUACCUUGUUCUUCUUGAUGACAUCUGGAAUGCAAGAGAUUGGGAUAUAUUGAGGUGUUCUCUGCCUAACAAUCACUUAGGCAGCAGAAUAAUAACAACAACACGCAUUGUCGAUGUUGCUAGAUCAUGUUGCAGCCACAAAGAGGAUCACAUCUACAAAAUGGGUCCUCUGAGUGAUUUGGAUUCGCAGAGACUAUUUUUUAGAAGAAUAUUCGGCUCAGAUGAUGGUUGUCCGACUCAACUUAAAAGGAUUUCCAUGGACAUAUUGAAAAGGUGUCGAGGUUUGCCAUUGGCUACACUUACUUUAGCUAGUAUUCUAGCCGACGUACCCAUGUUAGCAGAAAAAUGGAAGCAAGUGCAUAAUUCUAUUGGUUUGGCAACUCCAGGGGAGAAUAUGAAUCGUAUAUUAUCUUUGAGUUUCCAUGACCUCCCUAAUCAUUUAAAGACAUGUUUAUUGUAUUUAAGCAUAUUUCCAGAAGAUUAUGUAAUUGAGAGAGAACAGUUAGUAUGGAGAUGGAUAGCUGAAGGUUUCAUUCCUGAAACACGUGGCAUUCCUUUAGAGGGAGUCGGAAGUGCAUACUUUAAUGAGCUUAUCAAUCGAAGUAUGAUUCAGCCUGCUGAUGUUCAAUAUGAUGGAACAGUGCAAAGUUGCAGAGUUCAUGACAUGAUACUUGAGCUUAUUGUGUCAAUAUCAACCAAGAUUAACUUUGUUGCCGUACUACAUAAAGAUCAAGAUGAAACGAGAUUUACAGAUUACAAGACCAAGGUUCGCCGGUUAGCCCACCAGUCCAACUGUAUUGAGAAAUUAUUGGAACGGAUGAGCAGGGAUGACUUGUCUCAUAUUCGCUCUAUCAUCUCCUUCGAUUAUGUCAAAGGAAUACCUCAUCUUGGUGAUUUCCAAGCACUGCGGGUGUUGGAUUUAGGAUCUUGUAGAUCAAUUGAAAACCACCAUAUUGAGAAUCUAGAGAUGUUGUACCAACUCAAGUAUUUGGAUCUAAGCCGUACAAGCAUCAGUGAGCUUCCAAUGCAGAUAGAUAAUCUCAGGUAUUUGGAAACACUAGAUCUUCGAGGGUGUGCCAUAGAAAAAUUGCCAGCCAGUACUGUUAGAUUACAAAACAUGCAACGCCUGCUUGUUAACAGAAGUGUAAAAUUUCCUGAUGAAAUUGGACACAUGCAGGCCUUACAGACGUUGUUGUUUGUCUCAAUGUCCUGUAACUCCAUCAAAUUUGUGGAAGAGCUCAGCAAGCUGAUCAAAAUGAGGGUACUCAACAUAACUUUCUCUAAACCUGUUGACAUGGUUGAUGAAGUAAGGAAGUACACAGAUUCUUUGGUCUCAUCACUCAACGAGUUGUUCAACCUUGAAUCUCUAAAGAUUGAUCCUGAAGAAGGUUGUUCCCUGGACUCACUAAUGGGAGUGUACCUAACUUUUGGCUGUCUCAAAAAACUUGUCAUUGGCUACAUUUCUAGGAUCCCAAAAUGGAUCAACCCAUCUAUGUACAAUCUAGUCCACCUGGAACUGAAAGUUGACAUUGUGCGAGAGGAAGAUCUCCAUUCUCUUGAACUCUUGCCCUGCCUGCUAUAUCUUCAGCUGGAAAUGACAGAUGGCUCCAGCAAAAUGCUCACUGUUGGCAGCGAGGGAUUCCGAUGCUUAAGAGAGUCGCAAUUCAUAUGGAAGAAUGAUGGGAUGGGACUAGUGUUUCUAGAAGGUGCCAUGCCAGAGCUUCAAACAUUGCAUCUUUACUUCAGAACUCACGAAACAAUAGCCAAUUAUUCUGGUGUUGAUGGCAAUGGCAUCGAGAAUCUUUCGCGCCUCAAAAAACUCUGCGUUGAUGUUGAUUGUAGUGGUUCAACUAGGGAGGAGGUUGAGGCUGCGGAGGAUUCCAUCAGGAAAGCAGCAGAUAGGCAUAGAACCAAACUCACUCUUGAAAUCCGAAGAUGGUGUGAAGCAUGCAUGAUAGAGGAAGAAGCACAUGAUGGUAAUGCGGAAUUUCCAAGCAGAUCCGUGAAUAGGAGAGCAAAUCCAGUCAGAGUUGCCUUCAGGGUGAGGGCAGAUCGGAGAAACAGGAAUAGGACUAGGAGAAAUAGAAUCACUGCACCAUCCGCAUCAACUUAGGGUGAUAACUGAAGGAGAUUAUGAUUCAUGAGGUUCAUUCUUAUGAGUGUUCUGAGUCUGAAUUCUGAAAAGACCAUCAAAUACAGAGGAAAAAAGAUGCUGUAAUCUUGUAUCGAUUGGUUCCGUUUAUAUAUCGAUUUGUCAGUGAUGCAUUUUUUGACCUGUACACUCAAGAUCAAGAAGGAAGUCACGAAGCAUUAGAAUUCAGAACUCAGAAGUGAACCAAAUGAAGAUAAGCCUUCAGUGCAUAGGUGUCCUUGCAAAUGGAUGCAGAUUGAGCAUUUUCAUCAGACCGAUUACAAUCAGAAGGAUAUUAUAUGUUCGUGUUAUAAGAAGGCACGGUCUGUGCCAGAAAUACCAGUACAUAGAUAUUCUUUUGGUGUGAUUUGCUUUUCUAUUGGAGAAUGCACUUAUUUGAAUUUGUGAUAAUAAAUAUAUGACAUUGCAAUUCAAAUAUAACUAUUUAUUUCUGUUA